AUGGAUCACUUGUUUCUACCUGAGAGUUUGCUUCUAAAGAGUGUGUUUUCUUUUUAGUACUUUUCUGAACGUUCUUAGCGAACUAAAUUCAAUUUGAAAAUCACAAAACUAAUAGAAAACAAAAAUUAAAAAUCAACACACUGUACCCAACCGAACUGAUUUUUAUUUUAAAAGAUAGGAUUUUUCUCUUUCUUCUUCAAACUAACGGCCUCUCAAUCUCUAUUCUCAAAUUGCAUCUCUCUCACCCAGCUCAGUAACUCACGUUCACGUCUUCAACUUCACGCCGCCCAUCGCUCCACUUCUCCAUAGCUCAUUAUCUCACUCUCACAUUUCAUCUCUCUUGACUCAGACUCAGACUCACGUUCACGUCCUCCACCGGUGACCGACCACCGCUCCUCCUCUCUCUCACGCUCACCCCUCUGACUCUCAUCUCACGCUCCGAAAUCGCGGAGAUUCAUUCAGUAAAACGGUUUUUGCAACUUUUUUCUCCCUUCGGUUCCCCCCUUGAAUGGAAGAUUCUCGUGGGCAUUUCUUGCUUUGAAGAAUAUCUUCAAAUUUUGAAUCUUAUAAUCAAUUUUAUUUAUGGACAAAUUCGAAGCAAGACCAAGGAGCCAGAGGAAGAAGUUAGAACGAGACCAAUGGGCUACAAUGUAUAAAAGAGACGAGAGAGAGAUAAGAUUGAAGGGAAACAGAGUGUAUCACUGAUACUACUAAUUGGAUAGGUUCUUGUAAUUUUAUUUUCACUUGUAAGGUCAACUUUUGGUAGAAAACUAUUUUUAUAACCCCGUGGAGUCUGUAAUUUGCACCUUCAAAGCUUCUCACUCGGAAUUAUGGAUUCCAUUGUCUCAGCAACUUCAGUGUCUUCCAUUCUGGUGAAAGGAAAUGGAGGAAUUGGCUGCCAGAAUACAAUGGUUCAUUUCAAGGCUAACUCCAGAAGACGCCCACCUAAAAACCUCCUCUGUCCACGACGGGCCAAGCUUCCUCCUAACCCUGCCGUCAACCAAUUCUUUAACAACAAAACCUCAGCCCCUUCCCCACCCUUCACCGAUUUGAUUUCCUCUAAGAUUUUCCAAGAUGAGCAUGAAGAAAUCCAUGCUCAUGACUAUACUAAGGAUACUGAUGUUGUUUGGGAUUCAGAUGAAAUUGAAGCUAUUUCGUCACUCUUCCAAGGGAGGAUUCCUCAGAAACCUGGUAAAUUGAAUCGGGAGAGACCUCUUCCUCUCCCACUUCCUCACAAGCUACGACCACCAAGACUUCCUAACCCUAAAAUCCGCCCAACAACAGUGGUGUCUUCCCGCGCUUUGCUGUCUAAGCAAGUCUACAAGCGUCCUGAUUUUCUUAUUGGCCUUGCUAGGGAGAUUAGAGAUCUAUCCCCAGAGGAAAAUGUGUCCAAGGUUCUCAAUCGGUGGGGUCCGUUUUUGCAGAAGGGAUCUCUUUCAUUGACAAUCAAGGAACUAGGGCAUAUGGGUCUUCCUGAUAGAGCUCUAAACACGUUCUGUUGGGCACAGGAACAACAUCGACUCUUUCCAGAUGAUCGUGUUUUGGCCUCAACCGUUGAGGUCCUUUCAAGGAACCAUGAACUGAAGGUAGCUGUAAACUUGGAAGAGUUCACUAAACUUGCAAGUCGUGGUGUGCUCGAGGCAAUGAUGCGAGGGUUUAUCAGAGGUGGGAGCUUAAAUCUUGCUUGGAAGCUCCUCGUAGCUGCAAAGAAGGGUAAGAGAAUGUUGGAUCCCAGCGUCUAUGUGAAGUUGAUAUUGGAGCUUGGUAAAAACCCUGAUAAAAACAUGUUGGUUCUUACCUUACUGGAAGAGCUAGGACAGAGAGAAGCCUUGAAGUUAAACCAACAAGAUUGUACAACUAUAGUUAAGGUCUGCACAAGGCUUGGUAAAUUUGAAAUUGCUGAGAAACUUUAUAGCUGGUAUGUUGAAUCUGGACAUGAACCGAGUAUAGUUAUGUAUACUGCCUUGGUUCAUAGUCGCUACUCAGACAGGAAAUAUAGGGAGGCAUUAUCUUUAGUGUGGGAAAUGGAGUCUGGAAACUGUCCUUUUGAUCUUCCUGCUUAUAGUGUAGUGAUAAAGCUUUUUGUUGCUCUUGGUGAUCUUUCAAGGGCUGUUAGAUACUUUGCAAAGCUUAAGGAAGCUGGUUUUUCCCCUACAUAUAAUGUAUAUAGGAAUAUGAUCACCAUUUAUUUAGUCUCAGGGAGGUUAGCCAAGUGUAAGGAAAUUUAUAAGGAAGCAGAGAAUGCUGGAUUUAUGAUGGACAAACAAAUUACUUCAAUGUUGUUGCAAGCAAAAAGAUGAAUCACCUGUGGCAAGAGAUAUUUUUUAUUAUCUAUCACUGAGUUGCACUAUCGGUUUACCUAUCAUCUAGUAGGUUCUCAACAUUUUUUUAUACAGCCGUCUAGGAAGUGAAACCUUCAAUGGCACAAUAUGCUAGUUUAGUCCAUACUAGCCUCUUAAAUUAUGGCUUUACUCACAAAAUGAAUCCUUCAUAUUGGAGAUAUGAUAUGGUUAAAUCACGACCUUCCCCUCAACGUAGCUUUCGUGUCAAAGUUGUGCAAGAUACCGAAGGUCCUAGUAGGAUAGUUGAUAUCAUUAGACUCGUGCCUGAGCUCUCAAGAAAUUACUUUAGAAGUCCUUCGAGGAGGGCCCUUUUUGGAUGAAUCUCAUUGUUGGGUGGCUUUUAUGUGGCACAAAAUAUCUCAUUGUCAUUUGGAGCUUUUGGAGUAAAUGAUGUUUUUGCUACUGUGGUAUGCAUUCUCCUCACCGAUGUUACUCGAUUUUAUUACAAUCGACCAAAGAUUGGAGAAUAUGAAGAAACCAUAGGCACAUGUCUUACACUGAAGUCAUGUUCUCUAAUGUAGAGGAAGUCCUUGUGGUUGAAGAAGCUCAGCCAACUGAAACAAAUCAUUGCACAAGAGAAGAAGUUGAACCAAAACAAGCUACCAAAAAGGAGUUGAAGCCCAUUGCCUGUGUACAUAAGAUCCUUAUAUUUAACUUGAUUCUGUUGUCCCAAAGCUCAAUAUCUUAGUGCAUUAAAGGGACUAGUGUUUUCAUAUAUGUAUAUAUUGAGCUGUAAGUUUAUGUAUAUGUAGAUGCAAUGGGACAGAUAAGCUAAGAAUUUAGAUGAGUUGUCGGUAGUCAUCCAAGAAGAACAAAUAUAGAGAAUCAUGAAGUUUGUAAAACAAAACAACCUUGAAUGUUUGGUUUGUAUUGUGAAUUAUCUAUGCCUCUUUCUCCUUUCUAGUUUUAA